AUGUUCAUAGUUUCUCCCAUCUGUUUAAUCAGGUAAGCUGUGAAAUGAUGUGGCUGACUGAAUAUUUUUAUAGUAAAAACAAGAGCCAAAUGACAAAAAAAGAUUUUUUUUAAUUACUCAUCUUUUUUAAUAAUAUCUUUACCCAAGUGAAAUGGAUCCAUCUUAGGGGGACUAGGAUAUUAUUAAAUAUCUAGAUGUUUCUAGUUUAGUUCCUGGUUCACAUGUGUCCACAUCAAGUGUCAUUCCUGUGGAUGUUAUCUAGCAGUUUAAAGUAUGAACUGCAAGAAAGAUGCAACAAGGAUGCUCCUGGAGAAAAGCAAGUAUUCCCAUUGAAUGAUUUUUAAUGGUUAUCUGAUGUUCUUUCUCUUGAUGAACAUGUAAAGGCACUAGAAUGUCAGCUUCUGAAGAGGGAGUUGAUUCUCCUCUAGGAGUGGCCUUUGUAAGAAGAAAUAGUGGAAGAUUAGGGAAGAGUGGGCAUUUGUGAUUUAAUUAAGGCCUUCCAACUAAAAGGAAGAAGGGGUGGGAUGUGAAACUGGGGAAGAGGGCAUAAGCGAAAUUGGAUAAGGACUACUACACUUUUACCAUAAACCCAUUUAAUGGCAAAAUGCAGUGGCUAGGAUUUUGUUGUUGUGGUUAUGGUUUAUGACAUCAGGGCUUUUCAGGGUGUUGUUUUAAUAAUUAAAAUUAAUGUUUUUUUUUUUUGUUUUGUUUUGUUUUUAAUGAGCAAAAUCUAAAACAGUCAACUGAAGGACUUUUGCAUUGUCUACUUCUAAUUGCUUUAAAGGGAUUUACCAACUGGAAUAAAAGAGAUUUUAACCAGUUCAUCAAAGCAAAUGAAAAAUGGGGCCGUGAUGACAUUGAAAAUAUAGCUCGGGAAGUAGAAGGGAAAACACCAGAAGAAGUAAUUGAGUAUUCAGCUGUGUUCUGGGAAAGAUGCAAUGAACUCCAGGACAUAGAAAAGAUCAUGGCUCAGAUUGAAAGGGGUGAAGCCAGAAUUCAGAGGCGGAUUAGUAUAAAGAAGGCACUUGACACAAAGAUUGGCAGAUACAAGGCGCCUUUCCACCAGCUAAGGAUAUCAUACGGGACUAAUAAAGGGAAGAAUUACACAGAAGAAGAAGAUCGCUUCUUGAUCUGUAUGCUUCACAAGUUAGGAUUUGACAAAGAAAAUGUUUAUGAUGAAUUGAGACAAUGUAUUCGGAACUCUCCCCAGUUCAGAUUUGACUGGUUCCUCAAGUCCAGAACUGCAAUGGAGCUGCAAAGGCGAUGCAAUACUUUAAUCACUUUGAUUGAAAGAGAAAACAUGGAACUAGAAGAAAAGGAGAAGGCAGAGAAGAAGAAACGCGGACCAAAACCUUCUUCGGCACAGAAGCGUAAAAUGGAUGGUACUCCUGAUGGUCGCGGAAGGAAAAAGAAGCUAAAGCUGUGAAUGCUGAAUUUUUAUAAUCACUAAAUUUAAAAAGUAGUUCUUUAAUUUACGGGUCUUCAUAAGAUGUACUGUACAAUGCUCAACUAUUAUGUCAUUAAAGGACAUCGGGUUCAUCUGUUUACUGAACUAGAAACAUAGUACUUAUUGUAGUUUCACUUUUUUAAAUGCAACAGCUGUGCUGAAUUUUUUUUACCAUUAACACUUGAAGUAAUAAAAUAGGCUUCAUUUAUUAA